AUGACGAAGCCUCAACACAACGCAACCUUCUCACGCAUUAACAAAAUCGAUGACUGGGGAUAUUUGGAGGCCGAGGGAAAAAUAUUCAUAAUGACGAAGCCUCAACACGACGAUUCCCCCUCAAUAGCCCCCAAAAUCGAUGACUGGGGAUCUUUGGAGGCCGAGGGAAAAAUAUUCAUAAUGACGAAGCCUCAACACGACGCUUCCCCCUCAAUAGCCCCCAAAAUCAAUGACUGGGGAUCUUUGGAGGCCGAGGGAAAAAUAUUCAUAAUGACGAAGCCUCAACACAACGCAACCUUCUCACGCAUGAACAAAAUCGAUGUCUGGGGAUCUUUGGAGGCCGAGGGAAAUGUAUUAAUAAUGAUGAAGCCUCAACACAACGCAACCUUCUCACGCAUGAACAAAAUCGAUGACUGGGGAUAUUUGGAGGCCGAGGGAAAAAUAUUAAUAAUAAUGUAG